CACACGCAGAUCCUUACACACAGAGGCACACAUACACAGACACACACGCAACACACCCCACAGUAGUCCUCGCUCGGUCUUCCUGCCAGCCAGCCUGCACCAUGUCGGAAAUCCUCCCCUACAGCGAGGACAAGAUGGGCCGCUUCGGCGCCGACCCAGAGGGCUCAGAUCUCUCCUUCAGCUGCCGCCUCCAGGACACCAACUCCUUCUUUGCGGGCAACCAAGCCAAACGGCCCCCUAAGCUGGGCCAGAUCGGCCGAGCCAAGAGAGUGGUGAUCGAGGAUGACCGGAUAGAUGACGUGCUGAAGGGAAUGGGGGAGAAGCCGCCCACGGGAGUGUAG